AUGGACGUCCUGGAGCUGCUCUCAGUUGCGUACAAUGGGGGCAAAGAGGAGCGCACGGCGGCAACGGCGCAGUUGGAGGGCGCAAUAAAAUCUCCCGAUGGCCCGCGGCUUCUCGUGACGCUAUUGCGGGCGGGAACGGAUCCGGCGUUGCCGGCGGGGCAAAGCCUUUCCGCGCUUAUCUACGCCAAGAAUUGCAUUAUGGAGACCUUGGACGAUGAGCAGUUCUCCGCCGCCCCUGGCGUGUUGGAGGAAGUAAAGUCCCUCCUUUACAACGGCGCCUUCCACGUGCCGUCGACGCAUCAGAAGAUUAUCCACACCUGCGUGGCCAGCAUCGUCAGUUCCUUUCAGUGGAAUUAUCUUCCGCAGCUUAUGCCGGAGAUCAGCCGGGAGAGGGCAGGCGUUACCGUUGAACACGCCAUGGCAGCAUUGGGUAUGUUGUACGUCUUCGUCAAGAGGUUUAAGACCCCAGGACUGGAGCCGCUGCCUAUGAAGCUCACGGUUUGCAGCUGUCUUAUUUCGGCCCUUCCCUCGUUUCUCUCGUACGGGGAGCCGCAGGUGGACCACAUUGUGCUGAAAAUUAUGAACGGCGUUGUGGAGACGGCGCUGCAGGGAAAUAAAGCGCAAGCCCUCCCCGCGGAGGCGCUGGAUGCGUGGUUCCACGAGAUGGCCCAGUAUCCGGAGCGUCACUUUGUCUCGGCCUCUGGGGCAGCGGCGAGCGGGUCGCAGAAGGCGUACGAGGCAUAUGUUGGUUGCCUCAAACAAAUUGCCAUGAUUUCUUUUUCUGUGUUGAACGAUGCAACAAGGAAGAAGAAUCCCGCGCCUGUUGCCAAGCGCUUUCUUGCGGCGCAUGCUUCAGCCUUUCUUGGAGUGUGGCAAAGGUGGUUGAAGUACGCCUCGACCUCUAGAGAGCGUGACGGAAACCGCAAGGCUGACAUGUACGCCAUACGCUAUAUCAAACUCUGCGCCUUGGACAAGACGCUUUAUCAGCAGUGUCUACUCCCGCAGCUGAUGCCCGUGGUUGAGUCACUUUUGUUUCCAUACUUGUGCUUCAGCGAGGAGGAUGAGCCGGCGUUUGCCGACGACGGUGAUCUCUCGGAAUUUGCGCAGUACAUGAUGGAGGAGGGGUUUGAUCAAGGCGAGGUUUCGCAGCGGCAGGCGGCAUCCAACGCGAUUGUGGCGCUUGUCAAGGGUAACAAAGACUUCCACGAGGACUGCUUGCAGAGGGUCAUUGACUUCCUCAUAGCGGGUCUCUCGCGCGAGGACAAUGAUGAGACGUUUCCGCAAACGUUUGGCUAUCUGCAUCUCUUAUCGGUGCUGAGACGCCACUUACGGCGCGUUCCUGAGAUCUGGGAGACGCAAAUGGCGCAGGUGCUUGUUACAUUUGUGACCCCGCGCCUUGCACCCACCGUUCCCUACGCCCCGCUGCGCUGCAAAGCCCUUGUGGCGUGUCAGCGGUAUUCCAAGGCCCCCAUCCCUGCCGAGGCUGACUUUGCUGCCUUCACACAAAUAGUCUCCUCCCUAGUGCAGGAUGGCGAUUCGCGAAUUCGGCUGGGCGCCAUUGAUGCCCUUUGCACCUUCCUGGAGAUGAAGCGGGCACUUCCGUACAUUCGGCCAAUCCUUGUGCCGCUGGUGGAGGAAUGCAUUAGUUUCCUUAACCGCGUGCAAACCUCCUUUGUGCCCACCGCCCUGCUUUACCUGGUGGAGCACUUCGCGCCCGAACUCAUUUCCGUGCUCGGAAAAAUUGGCAAGACGCUCGUGCAACACUUUUUGGCAACGGCAUUUGACCUGGCGCAGCAGGAGGCCGCGAUGGAAGACGAGCACUUAUCACAGUACUGGCGCACAGAGCUGAGUGCCUGUGCCUUGUUGAACGCAUUGAACACCAUCGUCCAGGCCUCACGUCACCAUAUGGAGGUUUUCUGUAGCCUGAGGCCUGACCUGCUGUUAUUGGCGAAGAACGUUUUGGAGCAUCCUGACGAUUUUGAAUUUAUCGAAAAUACGCUCGCGAUUUUGUUGAAUGUCGUCAAUUUUUCUAAGCCUAUCCCACCGGAGUGCUGGGAUGUGCUUCCCUUGCUGUUUCAGUCCGUUGACUCCGGUGUUGGCGUGGAUUUUUUCGUUGCCAUUGAGGAGGUGCUUGACAGUUUCAUCUCAAACGGGACGGCAGAGUUUCUGCAGAAUGCCCAGCUGAUGGAGGCAACCUACCAGGCCUGCGAGAAGGUGCUGUUCCACUGCCUCGCCGGCGUCGAAGAUCAGAUCGCCGUGCCCCAGUUGAUUGAGGCGAUGCUGCAUCAGGCGAAACACGCAGAGGCGGCACCGGGCCUGUUUGACGCGCACCUCCCCCGCUUCGUCACCUUGCUUCUGCGGGCCCUCGCAGACGACUCCAUUCGCCAAGGCGAGGUGCGGCUGCAGAUUUGGAUCAUUGCGGCAUUGAUGGAUGCCUUUUACUACAAUGCCGCAGCAACGCUGCAGAUCUUAGCCAGCCGCAACGCCUACCCGCAGUUUUUCGAUGCACUCUUUCAUUUCUUUCGCGCCGCCAUCCACCCUGCCAAGGUCGCCAAGGGCAGAAAGAAGCGCAAGCAUGACGCGGCGAGCGAGGUUGUCGAGAAUCUCUCUAUUCUAACCCGCAAGGUCAUCGUUUUGGGGAUGACCGCCCUCCUGGAGCACCUUUUCGCCGACGGCGGAGGCAGCAGUGGGACAAAUCUGGCCGCCUUCGACGCCUACCUCUCUCCGACGCUGGCUCUGGUUCAGCACUGCGUCUUCGCCAACGACGUCCUCCUGGCGUCGCGCUGCCGCAUUGCAGCGGGCAACUUGGAGAAGGUGCGGCAGGGCGUCGAGGUGGAGGAUGUCUGUGACGUGGACCUCGACGACGAGGACGUGCUCGGCGUCGCCAACGGCAGCGACGUGGCGACCACCGACGACGACGACGCCGACGGCGGCAGCGAUGACGAGGAAUUGGGCGAAGAGGAAAUCGGUCACCGUGAGGACGAGGGGGACGACUACGAAAGCCCCAUCGACGACGUGUGCGAAGUGACGCUAUUUUUGCAGUGGGCCGCAAAGGCGACGUGCCUCGGCGGUGACGUGCAGCGGCACCUUCAAACUGCCCUCUCCAAGUCGCUGCAGGAGUUCCGUGACGCCGAGGCCACCGCGCUGCGCUACCGGCAACUGGUGCAGGAGUUGGACCUUGCGAUGGACGCGGAGCACGCCGCCCGCUCCGUCACUGCAGCGACGUCGUAA